AUGGAGCCCGAUCUCUCCAACAGCAUCACGCUGCACCCGCAUCCUUUCCAGCUUCAUCAUGAGCCCAGUAACCACUCCCGGAGCUCGACUCCGAGGCACGCUGCGCAGUCCUCGCCUGCGAACGGCAACGGCACCAGCACCGGCGUUGAAGCCGUAAAUGACGACGGCGAGCACCCCGUUGCCCGUCAUCCGUCCAACAUGAACGGAAGCGAUGUUGAAUCGCAGGCGACCAGGCGGUAUUCGGGCAGCGACCCUUACAACCUCCAGUCGGCGUUCAAGACUGACGCCCAACUGGAUGAGAUCAAGGCCAACACAUCUCGCAAGCGGACCGCGGAUGCGCCAAAUGGCGGCAAAUCGCUGACUGCUCGCCUACCUGGUCGCAGUGCAUUGAAGGCCCACAAGCUGGAGGGCUUCUACAAGGCGCAGAACGAGACAAUUGAGCGGUUGCUCAAGACGGUCGAAGAACAUCGUGCCGAGGCGCAGCAGACUCAGGGCGAUGACCACCUCCGGCAUCAGAUUGCCGUUUAUGGCAGUUUCGCAGCAAACAUCAUCCUGUCCAUCUUGCAGAUGUACGGUGCCAUUUCCUCUGGCUCUCUGUCUCUGUUCACGACUAUGGCAGACUCCAUCUUCGAUCCCAUGAGCAAUCUGCUCUUGAUCCUCUCAAACCGAGCUGUCAAGCGCGUGGAUCCAAACCGAUUUCCCAGCGGUAAGGCACGUCUCGAGACGGCCGGCAAUAUCUUCUUCUGCUUCAUGAUGACAGCCGUGUCCCUCAUCCUGAUCGCCUUCUCCGCCAAGGAACUCGCCGAGAACGAGCACGAGGGUGUUAAGGACUUCCAUUUCCCGUCCAUCAUCGCUGUAGCCAUCGCUUUCGCCACCAAGCUUGCGCUGUUCCUGUACUGCUGGGGUAUCAAGGACAAGUACAGUCAAGUGGACAUUCUCUGGCAGGACCACCGCAACGAUCUGUUGAUCAACGGCUUCGGUAUUCUGACCUCGGUUGGAGGAUCCAAGCUGGCUUGGUGGAUCGACCCCAUGGGUGCCAUCAUCCUGUCCGUCCUGAUCUCCGUCAUCUGGCUGCGCACCGCCUUUUCCGAAUUCAUGCUGCUCGUCGGCGUCGUGGCAUCGGUCGAGAUGCAGCAGCUGAUCACGUAUGUCUGCGUCACGCACUCGGACCUGAUCCAGGGCAUCGACACCGUGCGCGUCUACCACAGCGGCCCACGGCUCAUCGCCGAGGUGGAUAUCGUCAUGGACCCCGAGGCCAGCCUGCGCGCCACGCAUGACGUAGCCGAAGAGCUGCAGUUCAAGUUGGAGGACCUGCCUGACAUCGAGAGAGCCUACGUCCACGUUGACUACGAGACCACACACAAGCCGGAGCACUUUUUGAAGAAAGAGCUUUGA